AUGGCUUCGAGCUCGAAGCUGGUCGGACGAGCUGCCGCCUCGAUCGCUCGCUCAUCCAAGCAGCCACACACAAGAGCAGUCUCUCGACUUCCCACACUACUCGCCGGUACUAGCAGCACUUCCUCCUCAUCAGCAUCCACUGUCGGAAGCAAACAAUCGUACAUUCACAGUCGGCCUUUCGGUGCAACAUCAGCAGCACGAAGGGUGCAGCGCCCAGCCUCUGUCGGUCCGUCGCUGACUGUCUCGAACCCAGACUACGAGAAGGACAACGAAGAGCUGCGCUCCCUCUUCGACGCACCGCCUUCCUCCUCGUCAGCAAACAAUCUCAGAUCGAUGGGUCCCGCGACAGGUCUGUUUGAGAUUCCAUCCCUCACCUCGCCACAGAAUUUCCUCGUCCUAGCACAGCAGACAUUAGCACGCGCUCAACUACUCGUAGACCGCAUCGACCGAGCAGGCUCUGUCGAUGCCAGCACAUCAGAAGGUGUCAAGGAGCUCAAAGAAGUCGUUCGCAAUCUUGACCGACUCAGCGACCUCCUAUGCGGAGUAAUUGACAUGGCCGAGCUCGUCCGCAAUGCUCACCCGGAUCCAGAAUGGGCCGAAGCAGCCAACGCCGCAUACGAGUACCUGUGCGGAUACAUGAAUGUACUCAACACACAUACGGGCUUGUAUGGCGUUCUCAAGAACAUUCUCUCUAAUCCCGAGAUUGCAUCCUCGUUGUCAUCGGAGGCCACUGCUGUGGCCCAGGUCUUCCUGCGAGACUUUGAAAAGUCAGGUAUCCACCUUCCACCAGCAGAAAGAGAGCGAUUCGUGCACCUCAGCGACGAGAUCUUGGUUCUCGGUCGUGGCUUCUUGCAAGACAUCGCAGGAAACGACGCUUCAGACGAUUUUUCGCGCAACGCGAGCGCCAAGACGGAAGUCAGCCAAGACGACACCGUAGAGAUCCCAACGGACUGGCUGGAUGAAGUCAACCUAACAGUACUCAAGGCGGUCCGAGCAAGUGCAAUCACCGACCGGGAGGGGUUGCUCACUUUUUCGGCAGCCGACCAACCGUGGGUCUUCCAGACGUUGCUCAAAUAUGCACCGGACGAGCGAGUACGUAAAGUUGCCUUCCGAGCAGUCAACUACGGCAGCCAUGCACAGGUUCAACGUCUCGAACGGCUGCUUAAGGCUCGUGCUGAGCUCGCUACACUGACAGGUGCAGGCUCCUAUUCAGAGAUGGCCUUGGGUGACAAAAUGGCCAAGAAGUCGCAGAAUGUCGAAGAGUUUUUGCGCGCUCUCACAAAUCACCAUCGGCCCCGUGCCUCUGAGGAUCUUGACAAGCUUCGCCGUCUCAAGCACGACAUCACCACCGCAGCAGCAUCAGGUGGCAAGAGCAACUCCACCUUCAACCCAUCACCGAGUCUGCCUGACUUUGCACCAUGGGAUCGCGACAUGUAUACCGAGCAGCACUUCCGCAGUCCGGCCCUGCGCAGCGUUCAGCCUCUAUCACCAUACUUGAGUCUCGGAUCGGUAUUCGCCGGUUUGUCGAGGCUGUUCUCGGCUCUGUAUGGGAUCAGGUUCAGAGCAUCGAUGGUUGCACCGGGCGAGGUGUGGAGCGAAGGUCCAGGAGAUGUCAUGAAAGUCGAAGUGUUGGAUGAGAAGGAAGGUGCACAUGGUACAACAGGCUCAGCUGAAGGUUUGAUCGGAACUAUCUACGCCGAUCUGUGGAGUCGAGAUGGGAAGCCAGGUGGAGCAGCUCACUACACCGUCCGUUGCUCUCGUCGAGUCGAUAAAGAUGACGAAACGGGCGACUUUGAGCAUGGUCGUGCAGAAGACGGUCGAACUCUUCAGCCCGAAGAUCUUGGUGGCAAAGGAUAUGGCAAUCCACUUCAAGCGCCCACAUUUGAGCAACGAGAGCGACCAGGCAGGUAUCAGUUACCUGUAGUUGUCCUCAUGUGCGACUUUGCUCGACCAGGAGGUGGCAACCAAGGCCCGUGCCUUCUCGGGUGGCACGAAGUCGAAACGCUCUUCCACGAGAUGGGUCACGCCAUCCACUCAAUGAUCGGUCGAACCUCCUACCACAACGUCUCAGGAACACGUUGUGCGACCGACUUUGUCGAACUCCCUUCCAUUUUAAUGGAGCACUUCGUUCAGUCUCCCCAAGUAGUGUCCAUGUUUGUACGUCAUCACAAAACAGGCGCAACUCUACCAUUCCAACAUCUCUCAGCCCAUCUCCAAGCAUCUAAAUCCCUCGAAGGGUUGGAUACAUAUCACCAAAUCCUCCUAGCAAGGCUCGAUCAGAUGUAUCACUCUCAACUAGCCUCUCACCCUAACUUUGAUUCUACCCAGGCCUAUGCCGCGCUGGAUAAAGAGAUGGGUCUUCCCGGCGCUGUACAGCUGUCCUACGUCGAAGGGUCCUACCCACAAGUGAAGUUUGGGCAUCUGUUUGGAUAUGGAUCAACAUACUAUUCGUACUUGUUGGAUAGAGUUAUUGCGAGUAAGAUCUGGAGUCAGCUGUUUGCAGAGAACCCAUUGGAUAGAGAGGCAGGAGAAAUGUUUAAGACGCAAUGUUUGAAGUAUGGUGGUGGUAAAGAUCCAUGGCAUAUCUUGGCGGAUGUACUGAAGGCGGAGAAUGUGAGAGAUGGAGAUUCGAAUGCGAUGAAUCAGGUUGGUAAGUGGGGUAUUGAGUGA